CACACUUCUGUACGCCUGAUAUAAUCUGGCCGUCUGUCGAUAGGAUACUACGGCACAUACAUUAUGACUGGCCCAGAUCCCAAGCAAGAGCUAGAAGAGCUUUUGUCUCGUCAGCACCAAAUAGAAGACACCCUCACCAACCUAGAGCGGCAGAUCUAUGAGUACGAAGGAAGCUACCUGGAGGAAACGCAGGUGUACGGCAAUCUGUUCCGUGGGUUCGACGGCUUUGCAAGCACUGCUACAGUGAGUGAACAGAAGUCGGGACAGAUCCGCAAGUGCAAGAGCUCUGAUCGUCUUUUCUCGCGCUCUUCAUGCACCUCUAAUUCGGCGUUGGAGAGUGUGAAUGCUAGUGACACUCAGCGUAACAGCAAUAAAAAAGGGGAUGUCGUCAGUAAAAGCAAAAAAUCGGGCCAAAAGCGAUCGCACGCCUAAAAAUUACAGCUUCUGGUCUGCAAAGGCGGCACCGCGCAUGUGAAGCCAAACUGAUGAGUGUCGAGUUUCAAAAGGAGCUCCAUCAAAAUUCUAUUAAGAUGCGUAUAGAGCAUGCGAUCAUAAUAUGUUCUGAUUGGUCAUAAUCGGGAGGGUUUCAGCGCAGUCGGCUGUGGAUGCGAAUGAAACUCUUUCUAUUCAGCUGAGUGCGCAACCCAAGCGCUGAGUUGACAGCAAAUGUUGUAUCGACAUUCAGCAAUGAGAAUGGCUGCACGGACGCACCUGUCACUUGUUGAUUGGAUACUGGGUGUGGAUGAAUUCGUUUACCGAAGGCUCGCAAUAUAGUGCCCUGAACGUAAACCGAAUUUAGUUCGCUCUCGGUACGGCUAGAGCUGGUGAAUGAAGCACCUAGUCUUGGCAUUCAAAGCGGAUCUUCCGGUCGAUUACAGUGCGCAUAUGACGUAUGACGACUAUAUAUCGAAUACCCUGAGAGUUGAUCGUCCAAGAACGACCUCUAAUCCGCAGAUCUUACUGCGUAACUAUACGAAGCGGUUAAUGCGGACCAGAUGACUUUUGAAGAUGUCUGGAAUUCCCCUUAUUGGCGUGGUAAGGUCGGUGUACAUUCAAGGGCCGGAGCUUUUUCGGGCGGUGUAGUGAUAUACUACUAUGGCGGGAGUGGUUCGGCGUCGCUCAUGAAUGAUAAUCUGUGGACUCGCAGGUAUUUCGAGAUAGGAAUUCAAAAUUCAAUGUCGGCGUAUAUAUUCUCUAUCAAUUCUACGGCUAGCAAAACAAGACCGAUAUGCAUGAUACCAGCGUUGUAUAUAAUUUAUUAUGAGAUGUAAGGGUUUUAAAACCCAAAUCAGAAAUGAUAGUCCCCCGAGUUAUACCACUAUGUUCACCCGCGUCCAACAUGUUCGACGAUAGCCUCCGCCCGCUCAGAAACUAACCACGUAUUGGAAGGACGUGCGAGUCGCGACGGCAAUAAAAUCCUAUUCCGGCCAUGUCAGCCGUAGUUUUGACAAGCAGAUUUUCCGUUGUGGUGUUCUCUGGGUGUCUGUUUCCGUGGGGUAGUAAUCAAUACUCUGCGACCUACGUCACCCCUCGGCACAUGGGCUGCAGAGUGAAUCUACCUAUGACUCGCAGUCGCUUCUCAGUGGACAGGUUGAGACUUUGCUCCAGCCAGUAGUGUAGUAUCGUGGCUGCUAUCGAGAGCCCGAAUAAGAAGGCCGCCAGCUUAUUCCAUUUGCCUCGGUACUUGUAUGGUCCAGCCAAAUAAAUAUCCUCGACUGAGUGACGCCUGACAUAUGGCUCAUACUUCAUAUGUCGGACAUUUGGGAAACGAUCUACCAUAACAGCUUCAUUGAUUUGAUACUAUACACUGCACUAUCCAUCCUUAAAAGUAUAAGCACCUUCAACGGUAUACCAGAAUAUCCUAGAAAUACCUCAGAUAAUGAAGGAAUCGCAUUUUUGCCCGCCC